AUGUCUUUCACGGAGACAGUUCGUCUGAAAGUAUACUGGAAUACUACUUAUACAACUGAACCUGAUGGGACUAUUACAGUACAGCGGGAUGCGCCGAACAGUUAUCUUAUCAUUGAUCGUAUGUUAGAUUUCUCGGAACUUGUUAAUAAGGUAUGUGGUGUGAUGGAAGUUGAUAGAGAAGGGCUGUAUAUUGAUUUUUCUUUGGUGUGGACGAAGAGGUCAGGAAAAAGGUCUCGUGUGCACAUUAAUGAUGAUAACACUGUUCGGUUCAUUUAUCUUUGUACUGAUAAAUGGCCAGAAUCUUACCCUGAAAAUGUUGAGAGAAUAGGCCAUGUUUAUGCAAGUACAUCUGGCCAGGACAUUGGUGCCAGCACUAGUGGUGGUAGAACAGUUGAAGACAAUGAAGAUGAAGAUGGAGAUGAAGAUGAAGAUGAAGAUGGAGAUGAAGAUGAAAAUAAAGAUGAAGAUGAAGAUGAAGAUGGCGGGGGUGUCGAAAGCAGUGAUGAUGAUCCCAUAUGUUUUCGACUCGGUGGAUGGGACAAGACUUUAGAGGAAGUAGAUUGUGAUGGGAUUAAAAUGUGGGAUGGCAAUCCGUUGACGCUAGGCCUUGAUAUACAUUUCACCAACAAGCCUGAGGCACAAGCGGCAGCGGGAGAAUGGAACUUGGUACAUGGUCGGACUUUCCGGGUGAAAACGAGCUCUAAACGAACAUGGUAUGUCAAAUGCGAGACCUGUGGACCCAAAUAUCCGAAAGAGCGUCUUCACGGCUAUGAUUGCAUGUGGAAGGCGCGAGUUUCGCUACAGAAGGCCUCCGGUACUUGGAAAAUGGUGACUGGUUGCCCAAAAUGUGCAAGACAUCCAGAUUUUGCUGUUGCCCAAAUUCAAAUAGAAGUUUUGAAGAGGUACCAAGUCGAAUGUAGCUACAAGAAGGCAUGGCAUGGUAGAAGAAAAGCACUUGAGGCUCUGUAUGGUACAUGGGAAAGUAAUUUUCAACAACUGCCCAGCUUCCUUGAUGCAUUGUUCAUGUCAAACCCGGACAUCUGUAUGCAAUUCAAGUUUAAGAAAAAUUCAGGAAGCUCGCAAAGGUUUGCAAACAUUGAUAUGAUCCAGAAAUGUCAGAAUGUUCUACCUCCUAAGCCCAUGAAUUUGUAUGAAGGGGCCCGGAAGAAAUCAUUGAGGCAAAAGGUCAACCGGUUUAGCAAGAAAAACCAGAAGUACGAAGUGGUUACAAUAGCACAUGAUAAUCAACCAUGGAAGGCUGAGGAGAAGCAAGUUGUGCUCUAUGCAGAUCGAGAGUGCACUUGUGGAAGGUGGCAGACUUUCAGAUUUCCUUGUUCCCAUGCACUUCGAGUUGUCCGUGAGCUAGGUGACGACCCCUUCCCACUUUUUGAUCCAUGUUACACUACGCAGCAAUGGUACCAGCAGUUUUCUGGAGAAUUCAACCCAAUCAUGGAACCAUGGCCAAAGGCAACGUGGCAGAUCAGGCCAGAUGACACUAAACUUGUCCACCAUGCUGGCCGCGGUCGGAAGCGUGUGAAUCGGAAAAAAGGUGUGAUGGAUUAUACAAGCAAAUUUGGCCAGCGAAGACUCCAAACUUGCAGUUUAUGUAAACUACAGGGCCAUAAUGCCAGGGCUUGCCCAUAUGCGAGAGUUUGCGCACGAUGUGGAAGUUUAGAUCAUGAUGCUGUGGAAUGCCCAUUUUCUCAUCCACCUGCUGACAGGACCGCUAUUGAUAAACUUUAUGAUCCAUAUGGAAUUCGUGGUGUGCCUAAUAUCAAUUCUGAUGAUUCUGAUGAUGCAUAG